UCGAGGACCUGAAACCUAAAAUUUAAUAAAUAAAUGCCGAUAGAAAAAAAAAACCUUCCUACUGAUCCAAUCGAAAUGCGGCUGUAAUAUUAGCGUUGGGAGAAUAGAUUACGGUGUGUUUGGUAGGUGGACACGGAGACUGCAUCAGAUCGGUACGACGGCUCGGAAGAACACAUCGGGACCACAUAGACCCCCCCCGAGCCCAGAGGCGACGAUGGUCGCGUUUUUUCUCCAAACGUUAGGAGAAUCCGAUUCCGGUCAAGACGUGCAUCUCGAUGUGUGAGAAGGAGACAACAUCAUUCGUAGCCUUUAGCCAACGUUUAGCAUCAUCCUCUCAGGAUAUCGACAUAAUGUGACUUGGUGUGCUGAAGGAAAAGAACCAAAUAUGUGGAUACCUACGGAGGAGGAGAAGAUCGGUGUUGUAAUCAGCAGCUUCCGCUCCCCAGUAUGUCAGGCCCUGGUGCUGGAGGUCGGGGAAACCGUACAGAUCCUGGAGAAGUGUGAAGGUUGGUACCGGGGCUUUUCCACCAGGAAGCCUUCUGUCAAGGGUAUUUUCCCAACGGGUUAUGUUCACCUAAAGAAAUCCACAGUGACCAACAGAGGGCUCUGUGAGACGGUGGUGCCCCUGGAGGAUCCCAUCAUCACAGAGACCACCUCCACGCUUCAGGAAUGGGCCGUGUUGUGGAAGCAGCUCUACGUGAAACACAAGGUGGACCUGUUCCAUAAGCUGCGCCAUGUGAUGAACGAGCUGAUGGACCUCCGGCGGCAGCUGAUCCAGGGUCACCUGGCCCAGGACCAGACCCGUGAGAUCAAACGACACAUCACUGUGCGACUGGACUGGGGCAACGAGCACCUGGGGUUAGACCUGGUUCCGAGGAAGGAGUUUGAGAUGGUUGAUCCGGAUCAGAUCAGCAUUUCGGAACUCUAUAAAAUGCAUGUAUCCAGCAGACACUGUGGCCAGCAAAGCACAACCCAGGGUGACGGUACGCGGCAGCGCCAUGGCGACAGUUGCCGUGUCCCUGUGUCACACCACCUCUUCAUCAACCUGAAGAGCUUCACCUACAACAGCAUCAGCGAGGACGCGGACGUCUUCUUCUUCCUCUAUGACACACGCGAGGCCAAGCAGAUCAGUGAGAAGUUCAUGGUCAGGUUGAACAAGAAUGGAGGGCCAAAGAAUCCAGAGAAGGUUGACCGUCUGUGUGCACUCUUCACGGACCUAAGCAGCAAAGACUUGAAGAGAGACCUAUACAUUGUUGCACAAGUCAUAAGAACUGGUCGUAUGCUACUGAACGACUCGAAGAAAGGCCCACCCCAUGUGCUGUACAGACGGCCCUAUGGCUGCGCCGUGCUGGCCAUGACGGACGUGUUCCACACCAUCACCGACCUCAAGGAGGAGAAGGACUUUGUGCUCAAGAUCUACACAUGCAACAAUGAGAACGAGUGGUUCCAGAUACAUGAGAACAUCAUCCGCAAGUCCAACACAAAGUACUCGGCUCCCAGCACCAACUAUGGCCUCAUCAUUUCCCUGCAGCUGCUGCGGGGUGAGCUGGAGCAGAUCAGACGUGAGAACCAGGCGGUGUUCAGCAGGGCUCUGGCACUCACACGCAAACUAGGCUUCCCAGACGUCAUCCUGCCCGGAGACAUCCGCAAUGACCUGUACCUCACCCUGGAGCGGGGCGAAUUCGAGAGGGGGGGCAAGAGCGUGCAGAAGAACAUCGAGGUCACCGUGUACGUGCUCUACGCCGACGGCGACACGCUCAAAGACUGCAUCAGUCUGGGCAGCGGGGAGCCGAACACCAGCGAGCAUCGCUCCUUCGUCCUCUACCACAACAACAGCCCUCGCUGGAGCGAGAUGGUGAAGCUGCCCAUCCCCAUAGAUCGCUUCAGAGGGUCCCACCUACGCUUUGAGUUCAGACACUGCUCCACUAAAGACAAAGGGGAGAAGAAGCUGUUUGGCUUCGCCUUCACGCCUCUGAUGAGGGAGGACGGGACAACCUUGUCGGACGAGAACCACGAGCUCUAUGUUUACAAGUGUGAUGAGAACGCUACGUUCAGUAACCAGGGCCUGUACCUGAGCAUGCCCUGCUGUAAGGAGGACUUCAACAGCUGUCCCAACCUGCCCGCCAACCUGCCCUUCCAGAGGAGCCCCAAGGAGACCUUCUGGGUCUCCACGCUGCUCUGCUCCACCAAGCUCACUCAGAACGUCGACCUCCUGGCUCUGCUGAACUGGAAGGCCCAUCCUGACCGAGUGUUGGAUAUCCUGGGCCGUCUGCGGCAGAUCAGCGGGGAGGAGAUCGUCAAGUUCUUGCGAGAUGUCCUGGAUACACUCUUCUGUCUCUUAGAUGACAACACAGAUAAAUACGGACCGUUGGUAUUCCAGUCACUGGUUUUCAUCAUCAACCUGCUCAGGGACAGCCGCUUCUACCACUUCAGACCGGUGAUGGACUCCUACAUUCAGAACCACUUCGCUGGAGCGCUGGCUUACAAAGAGCUGAUCCGAUGUCUAAAAUGGUACAUGGACCGCUCAGCUGAAGUGGUCAGACAGGACCAUAUCCAGGAAGCCAUGAGGGCACUAGAGUACCUGUUCAAGUUCAUCGUCCAGUCUCGGAUCCUGUACUCGCGGGCCACCUGUGGGAUGGAGGAGGAGCAGUUCCGCGCCAACAUUCAAGAGCUGUUCCAGUCCAUCCGCUUCGUGCUGAGCCUGGACAGCCGCAGCUCGGAGACCCUGGUCUUCACCCAGGCGGCGCUGUUGAACAGUUUCCCGGAUAUAUUCGACGAGCUGCUCCAGAUGUUCACCGUCCAGGAGGUGGCUGAGUACGUGAGGGGCACCCUGGGGAGCAUGCCCAGCACGGUGGACAUCGGGCAGUCCAUGGACGUGGUUAAGCUCCAGUCCAUCGCUCGCACCGUCGAGAGCCGACUCUUCUACUUCCCCGAGUCCCGCAGCAUCCUGCUGCCAGUGGUCCUGCACCACAUCCACCUCCAUCUGCGCCAGCAGAGGGAGCUGCUGAUCUGCUCCGGGAUCCUGGCCAGCAUCUUCUCCAUCAUCAAGACCAGCGCCAUGGAAUCGUCGGUUCAGGAGGAGGUGGAGAUGAUGGUGGAGAGUCUUCUUGACGUGCUGCUACAAACGCUGCUGUCCAUCAUGAGCAAGUCCCAGGCUGUGGAGACCUCUAGGGGGCAGAGAUGCCCUCAGUGCACAGCAGAGAUCACGGGGGAGUAUGUUUCCUGUCUGCUCUCGCUGCUCAGGCAGAUGUCGGAGCUCCACUUCCAUCACCUGCUCAACAACUUCCACAGUAAAGAGGAGCUCAAGGAGUUCCUGCUGAAGAUCUUCUGUGUGUUUCGUAAUCUGAUGAAACUGACAAUCUUCCCGCGAGACUGGAGCGUGAUGAGACUCCUCACAAGCCAUAUCAUCCUGGUGACCACACAGUUCCUGUCUCCCGCGCUGCACAAGAACUUCUCUGAGGCUGACUUCGAUUUCAAGGUGUGGAACUCCUUCUUCAGCCUCACUGUGCUGUACAUCAACCAGCCCAGCCUGCAGCUGGAACCCCUCACCCAGGCCAAGAGGAAGAAGAUCCUGGACAAGCAUGGCGAUAUGAGAGUGAUGAUGGGCUAUGAGCUCUUCAGCAUGUGGCAGAAGCUAGGGGAGAACAAGCCCCACUUCAUCCCGGGGAUGAUGGGACCCUUCCUCGGAGUCACGCUGGUACCGCAGACUGAGGUGCGGAAUAUCAUGAUUCCAAUCUUCCACGAUAUGAUGGACUGGGAACAGAGGAAGAACGGCAACUUCAAACAGGUGGAGGCGGAGCUGAUGGACAAGCUGGACAGCAUGGUUUCCGACGGGAAGGGAGACGAUAACCACAGGGAACUCUUCAGCUUGCUCACGCAGCUCUUUGGACCCUACCCAAGCCUGCUGGAGAAGAUCGAGCAGGAGACCUGGAGAGAGACCAGCAUCUCCUUGGUGACGUCGGUCACCAGGCUCAUGGAGAGACUCCUGGACUACAGGGACUGUAUAAAGGGGGAGGAGGGGGAGAACAAGAAGAUCAGUGGCUCCGUCAACCUCAUGAACUUCUACAAGUCCGAGGUGAACAAGGAGGACAUGUACAUCCGUUACAUCCACAAGCUGUGUGACCUCCACCUGCAGGCGGAGGACUUCACAGAGGCGGCGUUCACCUUGCUGCUCUACUGGGAGCUGCUCCAGUGGGAGGACCGGGCGCUCAGGGACUUCCUCCACUACCCCUCACAGAGCGAGUGGCAGCGCAAGGAGAACCUCAGCCGCAAGAUCCUCCACUACUUCAACAAGGGGAAGUGUUGGGAAUAUGGAAUAUCUCUAUGCCGGGAGCUGGCUUUCCAAUAUGAGGCGUUGUAUGAUUACCAGAGCCUCAGCUGGAUUCGGAAAAUGGAGGCUGCUUACUAUGACAACAUCAUCGAGCAGCAGAGGGUUGAACCAGAGUUCUUCCGAAUGGGUUUCUAUGGCAGGAAGUUCCCCUUCUUCCUCCGGAACAAGGAGUUUGUUUGCCGCGGGUACGACUAUGAGCGGCUCGAGGACUUCCAGCAAAGGAUGCUGGGAGAAUUUCCACAGGCCAUCGCCAUGCAGCACCCCAACCAACCAGACGACACCAUCCUGCAGAGCGAUGCUCAGUGUAUCCUUAACCAUUGCACUUCAGUUAUUAGUAUUGUGGAGGACUCGGGAGGAAAGCUACCAUGCUAA